UGUGCUCAGCCUGGGGUUAGAGGGGACCUCGUCCUACGGGAGGCGUUCAGGGAGCUAAGAUUUGUAGACCGAUUGUGGGUUCGCCGGGAAAAGAAGAGAAAAGAGCAUUCCAGGCAUGGGGACUAUCGCAUGUAUAAGGAAAGUUUGUUCCGGAGACUGGUGGUAGUCGUACUGUGAGGCGACUGCUUGGGACAGUGGCCCUGCCCUGCGCAUUGCCUGUCGUUGCCUGUCUUGAUGAAGGCGCCUUAGCGCUUAACCCUGGAAAUGGGAUGUCGACCUCGCAGAGCUGAUGCUCGAGUUGCUUGAAAGAUCUGACAAAAUCAAAGCUGCAGGAAAAUGGACAGUGAGGUACAAAGGGAUGGAAGGAUCUUGGAUUUGAUUGACGAUGCUUGGCGAGAAGACAAGCUGCCUUAUGAAGAUGUUGCGAUACCACUGAAUGAGCUUCCUGAACCUGAACAAGACAACGGUGGCACCACAGAAUCUGUCAAAGAACAGGAAAUGAAGUGGACAGACUUAGCCUUACAGUACCUCCAUGAGAAUGUUCCCCCCAUUGGAAACUGACACACGGCUCCUUUCUCAUGGAUGCAUUUUUAUAAAAUACAUAGAUACAAAAUGUUUUAUUUUAGUCUCCUAAUUCAAAUCUUUGAGUAGUAAAUCAACACUCAAAAAUGUAUACCCAGUUGGUUUACAGUAGCAAAGUGGGAUGUGAAAAUAUUCACCAGAAUGAGAAACUAAGAUUUCUCAGGAGUGUAGAAUAUUUGACUCUUUAAACCCUAGAACUCUUCAUUCAGUAGCUUGUAUAAACGUGAGUGGGAAAACAUUUGCCUUUAACUCUGAUUUCGAUUUACUGUCAAAGUUUAACACCUCCCACCUACUUAUACAUGUCCUGUGACACAGGCGAUUGCAAAUAGGAGAAGGAAAGGCAAAAAGGAAGCCAGACUGAAGGAGAAUUAUUAACUUCUCAUACACCUUCCCCAUCACCCACUUAGAGAAGCAUUCUGAGUGGAUUUAGCCGUGUAGAUCUUACGAAUCUAUAGAUAUCCCAUUCACAGAUUACUGGGAUUCCUAAGAUUCUCCCAUGGUAUUUUCAAACUUCUGUAAAUGUACAGAUUAAAAAGUUAUCUGACAGUUACCUCUGCUAUCCCUACAACUUCCUUUGGUGCUGCUGGAAAGGCUCUUUGGCGACCUGGACUACUAGUUUUAUCUAGUAAUGGCAUUUCUUAUUUUCUCAAAGCCCUUUCAGAUACAACCAAACCACCAUGGAAUCAAUAUUUAGUUAUACAUUUGUAUAAGAACCUGUAUUUUGUAAAACACCUUCAUGUAUAUUUAUCUCCUGGAGUUAUUUGCCUCUGUUAAACAGUGUCUUUCAUGUUCUGUAACAUGUAAACUCUGUAGGAAGAAGUCCUGGCUUAUACGUCUGUAUCCCUCGUUGAAAACACAGAAUAAUCUAAAUCUCUUCUCA